AUGCAGUACCCCCCUCACUUAUACACAACCCCACAAGGCACAAUGAAAACCGGCGAAGGGCCAUCCCGCUGGACUGGCAUUGGUAUAUUUGUUACAAUCGAUGCAGCGGGCAUUGUUUUCAAGUGUCUCACAAAGUUGGUUGGCAUUGGUCAUCUUCUACUGGAGACACGGUGCAGUACCGAUCUACUUCUGAAGGAUUCGGAUACGGCUUCGUAUCUCUAUCUUCGCAUUCUUGUUUUCAGACUCCUUGCCGAGGCGGUUGAUGGGGGUUUGGUGGCGCCAAUGAAUGGUCAGCGAUGUCGAAAGUCUUUCCGCAUGUUUGAAUCUCUCGUGUCAAACCAUGAAAGUUCUGAGCCAUGGAAUUAG